AUGGAGGAUGCAGAGCACAGGCGAAGGGGACGGGACGAUGACAGUGACGAUGAUGAUCCUGUGAAAGGCGGUAAGAAGGGCAAAAAGGGUGGCACCAACGCAGCAGCAGUGGAUCUGGAGAAACCUUUGGAGGAAUUGUCACCCGAGGACGAGGAGGCUAGGAUGAUGGCCUUGAUGGGCUUUGGAGGGUUUGAUUCGACCAAGGGCAAGCAUGUUGCAGGUGCAGAUGUGAGUGGUGCAGAUAUCAAGAAGCAAAGACAGUAUCGCCAAUACAUGAACCGACGUGGAGGAUUCAAUCGACCUCUCGAUGCCAAGUAA